AUGACAGCCUCGACUGCGUCCGACUGCUACAAGUUGUGCGUGCCGUCGCAGAACCUGUGCUUUGCGUCCGUGUUUGAUUCGGCCACCAAGACUUGCACCUACGUGCAGCCGUCGUUCAAUGCUGCAUCCACGCUGGGCUGGAUCAUCCCCAAGACAUUGCCAGACACGAUGGCCACCGUGAACCAAGUCGAUUUUUACGUGACUGCCCAUCAAGACGACCACGAGUUGUUCAUGUCUGCACCGAUCUAUUACUCGAUCAAGGACCCCACGACCAAGUCCGUGUUUGUGUACUUGUCUGCGGGGGAUGCCGACCAAAAGGAUGGAUGGUGGCAAGCGCGUGAAACCGGGACGCUAGCAGCCACAAGGACGUGGGUCAACAUGUUUGGCAAGUUCUCCCCCACGGCAGUGAAUACGACUGUCCUGGUCAAAGGCCAUCACAUUCAGAAGAUCUCGAUCGGCAACGCGGUCCACUACUUUCUUCGGCUUAGCGAAGACAACCUGGAGGAAGUACUGAACUCGAACAAGAAAAAGGCUCCAUUUGACCAACCAAACGAGUUCUACGCCGGCGCCCAAGCUGUCAAGGACGUGCUGAAGGCCAUCAUUGUUGCUGAGGCGACCAAGGUAUCAAUGGUCACGGCGCACUACUCGGACUUCCUCGUUGACCCGAAUGGAGACCACACAUUGCACGUAGCAAGCGGCCGGAUUUUGGCCGAGCUCCUCGAUACCGACACCCUCUUCAAGUCGUGUAUAUCGCAAAUUCCGUACUUCGGUUACCAGCAUUGGUUGGACACGGUCAACAUGAACGACCCGGAAAUGUCGGCCCAGCGCGCAGCAUGGUUCGGCUUGGGCGUGGGGAUUCUAACCCAGUACGCCCGUGACACGUGGUCCGACCAUUCAGUCGCGCUGGGGCGCACGUACACGGGCAGUGCCAAGUUCACGUCGGUGGCGUGUGCGUUCUAACAGUCCUCGACAACAAGUAACCCAG